AUGGUCCUGGCACGAGCGCUUCGCCCCGCGGCGCGCGCGGCACGCUUCCUCGACCAUGCGACGAGAAGACCGACCCUACCCUCCCCUCUCCUGCGCGGACGCAUCCUCCCCUCGACCUUGGCCGGUGUUCAUACCACCUCUCCCAAGACCCAAGAAGCUGCGGCCCUUCAACAGGAACCAGAGACCGACCUGGCUACGACGUUACCUAGCGCCGCGCCAAAGACAGACUUAAAGCCAGAUACACAACCAGAGGAUUUCAAUGUUCAUAUCAUCACGCCAAGCCGCCGGGCUCUUCAUGUCAGCGACCAGGUUGCCGGCCAACACAAAGAGAACAUCGUUGACGCUGCUUGGAUCCGGGACCGCUGCUCUUGCACGCACUGCGUCAGCCCUUCCUCGGGCAACAAGUCCUUCUCAACCGCCGAAAUCCCCAAGAACAUUGCCUUUGAGAGUGUAAAGGGACUGCCAGACGGCUCUUUUGAGAUUCGCUGGACACACGACAUCCCUCGAGCUGCCGACGUCGGCCACGUCUCCGUCUUUCCCGCCUCCGGUCCCCAGAGCCUGAAGGGAAUGUUGGCAGAAAAGACCAAUCUAUUCUACCAGCACGGCCCCCCCAAGAAGCUUACAAAAUUCUGGUGGAGCAAGACAAACCUCGCUAAGCGCCUGCAGAAAAUCGACUACAAAGACUACAUGGAGGGAGGGCCGGCCUUCGGAUCAGCCGCCCUGUCGCUCGCCAAAAUUGGGCUUGUCUUCCUCACAAACGUGCCGCAAACCGAAACUGCCGUGGCUGAUAUUGCUCUCAAGUUCGGCUCCAUCAAGGAAACGUUUUAUGGCCGCACGUGGGACGUCAUCUCCAAACCCGACGCAGAAAACGUCGCCUACACCUCCUCUUACCUGGGCUUACACUCGGACAUGCUUUAUUUAGAGUCGCCGCCUCGGAUCCAGCUCCUCCAUUGCCUAGAGAACUCGUGUUCCGGGGGCGAGUCCAUCUUCAGUGACGCCCUCAGGGCCACUACUUGGCUCGAAAAGUUCACACCCCAGGCCUACAGAGCGCUGACCAAAACCCUGGUCCCGUACCACUACAAUAAGAACGGGUUCUUCUACCGUCAAGCGCGACCCGUCAUCGUGCACUCAGAUCUCGUGGUUAACCGCGAGGUCUGGUGGUCUCCGCCCUUCCAGGCCCCGUUCCCGGUCCCGUCCACGAAAUCAAGGCUGAAGAGUUGGCAGGUGUGGAUCCAAGCGGCGCGGCUGUUCCAAGAAACCCUGGAACACGAGAAUAACGUGUACCAGCACAAGCUCCAGCCGGGCGAGUGCGUGUUGUUUGACAAUCGGCGCGUCCUCCACGGCCGUCGUGCUUUCGACACAGCCAGCGGGCGCCGCUGGCUCAAGGGUACAUAUGUCGCCGACGAGGAUUUCAAAAGCGCUCUGCGGCCGUUCCAAUGA